CGCGGUCGGGCGGAUCGGAAGCGCAGCACAGUCCUCCGCGCCCACGCCCGCUGGCGACCGCGACCCGUACCGGCGGUACGACGGUCUCGAUGUCCUCCUGGUGGAGGCUUGCGGGCAGGGGCGGAGGGAGCUGCUCCUGAAAGAGCUCGAGGCAGGCUCGUGCACUCUGAUCGGCGAGCCGAACAGGAACGGGACCUGCUGCACAGCGGCGGCCGUCUGCCCCGGGCCCCGGACCUUCCGCCACGGCGCCGCAAGGGUCCUCAGCAGCGACGCGGGGGCGCACCUGCGAAGCGCGGGCCUCCCGCGGGCCUGGCGGGGCGGCGCUCCGAGGGCCGAGUUCUACACGCAGUGGCGCGGCUACGAGGACAUCCUGGCCAGGCUCGAGGAGGUCGUUGCCGCCGCGGGCGGUGUGGCAGUGCUGGAGCAGCUCCAGCCAGCCACCCAUGAGGGCCGCCUCGUCCGCGCGGUGCGCAUCCGCGACGCCGCGUGGGUGCCGGGGGCGCCCAGGAUUGUGAUCAACUCCUUGCUGCACGCCCGCGAGUGGAUGGCUUCGAUGGUUGGCACGUACCUAGCGGAAUACAGCGUUGCCAAGAAGGCGAGUGACCCGAGUUGGCUGGCAGGGAUGGAGUUGGUCAUCGUGCCCAUUUCGAACCCCGACGGCUUCGUCUACUCGCAAUCAUUCGAUUCUCUGUGGCGGAAGAACAGGGCAGAGAACAGCGGCUCUACGUGCCGAGGCGUUGACCUCAACCGCAACUGGGCCAAGGACUGGAACGGCGGCGAGUCAACGAGCACGUGGCCGUGCUCAGACACCUACGUGGGUCCCUCGGCAAGCUCGGAGCCCGAGACGCUGGCGCUGGGCGCCCUGCUGGCAGAGGCUCCUGUGGACCUCCACCUGGAUGUCCACUCGUACGGAGAGAUGAUUUUGGGGCCGUGGUCUUACACAAACAGCGACCAUGCCGACAAGGACGUGGUCGAUGCCAUCGGAAUGACGAUGCACGACGCCAUCAUGAGCGUCAACGGUAAGUCGUACCUCUACGGCACGGGGGACGCGGGCGGAGCGCUCUACCUCGCCUCUGGCGUGAUGCCGGACCUCUCCACGGACUUGGGUGCCUACGGCUACACUAUCGAGUUGCCGCCCGCCAACGCCUGGGGCUCCGCUGGGUUCCAGCCGUCCACCUCCGAGAUCCUUCCGGCGUGCACCGAAAUCUUCGAGGCCCUCAACGCGAUGGUGGCGUGGUUUGAGGCGAGGGGCCCCACGCCGGCCCCUCUGCCCACUGCGGCGCCCCCUCCGACGGCCUCACCGCCGCCGACGCCGGCUCCUCAGCACAUGUGGGCGGCCAUCACGGGCCCGUGCACGCUGGACGGCUCUUGCGUGCAGAGCCCGAACUACCCGCAGGACUACAACAGUGACGAGGCGUGCGCCUUGGAGGUCGACCUGGUGAUGGCGGCGCCGAUCGUGGUGGAGAGCUUCGACACGGAGUCGUAUUUCGACACGCUCACGGUCAAUGGGCUGGCUUAUUCUGGUUCUGUCGGCCCGAGCGGGAUCACCCCGACGGCGGACAUCUUCUGGUCCUCCGACUUCGUCAUUGUCAGCAGUGGCUGGAGGCUGUGCCAGGGUGUGGGUCCCGACGACACCCCUUGGGACACGCGCAGCGAGCGCAUCGUGGGGGGCCAGGACGCCACGCCGUGCGAGUGGAAGUGGCAGGUAUCCCUGCAGACGUUCUCGGGCUUUCCCUUCUGCGGCGGCACGCUCAUCGCCGAGAAAUGGGUCAUGACAGCCGCCCAUUGCAUGGGUAGCACUUUCAAGGUGGUGGCGGGCCUCCACAGCCAAUCCACAACAGAUUCGACCCAGGUGGAUCUGCAGGUGCACCAAGUGCAUUCGCAUCCAUGGUAUAGCUCCUCGACGUCUUCUCACGAUUUCGCCUUGGUGGAGUUGGUGGAGGCAGCACCCUUGAACGACUGUAUCGGCCCAGCCUGCUUGCCAAGCGAGGGCAUCGCUGACGGUGAGGAGUGCGUCAUCACUGGCUGGGGGACCCUCUCCUCUGGAGGGUCCUCCCCCGACCUGCUGCAGGAGGCGCAUGUGAAGAUCGUGAGCAACUCGGACUGCGGCGCUGCGUACGGCAGUGGGAUGAUCACCGACGACAUGUUGUGCGCGCAGGGCGUCAACAGCGCCGGGCAAGUCACCGACGCCUGCCAAGGGGACAGCGGAGGGCCGCUGGUGUGCGCUUCUGGCGGUGCUGCUUACGUGCUUCACGGAGCCACGUCGUGGGGCUACGGGUGUGCCAUGCAGUCGUACCCGGGAGUUUGGUCUCGAGUUAGCUACGUACGUGACUGGAUCGAUGAAGUGAUGGGGACGACGCAGCCCCCGACGCCAGCGCCUCCACCAACUUCGGCUCCCCCGGCGACGCCUGCCCCGCCGCCGACGCCAGCUUCUCAGCACAUGUGGGCGGCAGUCACGGGACCGUGCACGCUCGAUGGCUCUUGCGUGCAGAGCCCCAACUACCCGCAGGACUACAACAACGGUGAGGCGUGCGCCUUGGAGGUCGACCUGGUGAUGGCGGCGCCGAUCGUGGUGGAGAGCUUCGACACGGAGUCGUAUUUCGACACGCUCACGGUCAAUGGGCUGGCUUAUUCUGGUUCUGUCGGCCCGAGCGGGAUCACCCCGACGGCGGACAUCUUCUGGUCCUCCGACUUCGUCAUUGUCAGCAGUGGCUGGAGGCUGUGCCAGGGUGUGGGUCCCGACGACACCCCUUGGGACACGCGCAGCGAGCGCAUCGUGGGGGGCCAGGACGCCACGCCGUGCGAGUGGAAGUGGCAGGUAUCCCUGCAGACGUUGUCGGGCUUUCCCUUCUGCGGCGGCACGCUCAUCGCCGAGAAAUGGGUCAUGACAGCCGCCCAUUGCAUGGGUAGCACUUUCAAGGUGGUGGCGGGCCUCCACAGCCAAUCCACAACAGACUCGACCCAGGUGGAUCUGCAGGAGGCGCAUGUGAAGAUCGUGAGCAACUCGGACUGCGGCGCUGCGUACGGCAGUGGGAUGAUCACCGACGACAUGUUGUGCGCACAGGGCGUCAACAGCGCCGGGCAAGUCACCGACGCCUGCCAAGGGGACAGCGGAGGGCCGCUGGUGUGCGCUUCUGGCGGUGCUGCUUACGUGCUUCACGGAGCCACGUCGUGGGGCUACGGGUGUGCCAUGCAGUCGUACCCGGGAGUUUGGUCUCGAGUUAGCUACGUACGUAAUUGGAUCGACGAAGUGAUGGGGAUGACGCAGUCCCCGACGCCAGCGCCUCCGCCAACUUGGGCUCCCCCUGCGACGCCUGCCCCGCCGCCGACGCCAGCUCCUCAGCACAUGUGGGCGGCAGUCACGGGACCGUGCACUCUGGACGGCACGUGUGUCCAGAGCCCCAACUACCCGCAGGACUACAACAACGAUGAGGUGUGCGUCCUGGAGGUCGACUUGGGGAUGGCAGCUCCGAUCGUGGUGGAGAGUUUCGACACGGAGUCGUAUUUCGACACGCUCACGGUCAAUGGGCUGGCUUAUUCUGGUUCUGUCGGUCCCAGCGGGAUCACCCCGACAGCGGACAUCUUCUGGUCCUCCGACUUCAGUGUCGUCAGCAGCGGCUGGAGGUUGUGUCAGGCGCCCAUGUGUGGAGCAAAGGGUCCCGACGACACCCCCUGGGAUACUCGCAGCGAGCGCAUUGUGGGGGGCCAGGACGCCACGCCGUGCGAGUGGAAGUGGCAGGUCUCUCUGCAGACGUUCUCGGGCUUUCCCUUCUGCGGCGGCACGCUCAUCGCCGAGAAAUGGGUCAUGACAGCCGCCCAUUGCAUGGGUAGCACUUUCAAGGUGGUGGCGGGCCUCCACAGCCAAUCCACAACAGACUCGACACAGGUGGAUCUGCAGGAGGCGCAUGUGAAGAUCGUGAGCAACUCGGACUGCGGCGCUGCGUACGGCAGUGGGAUGAUCACCGACGACAUGUUGUGCGCACAGGGCGUCAACAGCGCCGGGCAAGUCACCGACGCCUGCCAAGGGGACAGCGGAGGGCCGCUGGUGUGCGCUUCUGGCGGUGCUGCUUACGUCCUUCACGGGGCCACGUCGUGGGGCUACGGGUGUGCCAUGCAGUCGUACCCGGGAGUUUGGUCUCGAGUUAGCUACGUACGUGACUGGAUCGACGAAGUGAUGGGGAUGACGCAGUCCCCGACGCCAGUGCCGCCGCCAACUUGGGCUCCCCCUGCGACGCCUGCCCCGCCGCCGACGCCAGCUCCUCAGCACAUGUGGGCGGCAGUCACGGGACCGUGCACUCUGGACGGCACGUGUGCCCAGAGCCCCAACUACCCGCAGGACUACAACAACGAUGAGGUGUGCGUCCUGGAGGUCGACUUGGGGAUGGCAGCUCCGAUCGUGGUGGAGAGUUUCGACACGGAGUCGUAUUUCGACACGCUCACGGUCAAUGGGCUGGCUUAUUCUGGUUCUGUCCGUCCCAGCGGGAUCACCCCGACAGCGGACAUCUUCUGGUCCUCCGACUUCAGUGGUCCCGACGACACCCCCUGGGAUACGCGCAGCGAGCGCAUUGUGGGGGGCCAGGACGCCACGCCGUGCGAGUGGAAGUGGCAGGUCUCUCUGCAGACGUUGUCGGGCUUUCCCUUCUGCGGCGGCACGCUCAUCGCCGAGAAAUGGGUCAUGACAGCCGCCCAUUGCAUGGGUAGCACUUUCAAGGUGGUGGCGGGCCUCCACAGCCAAUCCACAACAGACUCGACACAGGUGGAUCUGCAGGAGGCGCAUGUGAAGAUCGUGAGCAACUCGGACUGCGGCGCUGCGUACGGCAGUGGGAUGAUCACCGACGACAUGUUGUGCGCGCAGGGCGUCAACAGCGCCGGGCAAGUCACCGACGCCUGCCAAGGGGACAGCGGAGGGCCGCUGGUGUGCGCUUCUGGCGGUGCUGCUUACGUCCUUCACGGAGCCACGUCGUGGGGCUACGGGUGUGCCAUGCAGUCGUACCCGGGAGUUUGGUCUCGAGUUAGCUACGUACGUGACUGGAUCGAUGAAGUGAUGGGGACGACGCAGCCCCCGACGCCAGCGCCUCCACCAACUUCGGCUCCCCCUGCGACGCCUGCCCCGCCGCCGACGCCAGCUCCUCAGCACAUGUGGGCGGCAGUCACGGGACCGUGCACGCUCGAUGGCUCUUGCGUGCAGAGCCCCAACUACCCGCAGGACUACAACAACGAUGAGGUGUGCGUCCUGGAGGUCGACUUGGGGAUGGCGGCGCCGAUCAUGGUGGAGAGCUUCGACACGGAGUCGUAUUUCGACACGCUCACGGUCAAUGGGCUGGCUUAUUCUGGUUCUGUCGGCCCGAGCGGGAUCACCCCGACGGCGGACAUCUUCUGGUCCUCCGACUUCGUCAUUGUCAGCAGUGGCUGGAGGCUGUGCCAGGGUGUGGGUCCCGACGACACCCCUUGGGACACGCGCAGCGAGCGCAUCGUGGGGGGCCAGGACGCCACGCCGUGCGAGUGGAAGUGGCAGGUAUCCCUGCAGACGUUGUCGGGAUUUCCCUUCUGCGGCGGCACGCUCAUCGCCGAGAAAUGGGUCAUGACAGCCGCCCAUUGCAUGGGUAGCACUUUCAAGGUGGUGGCGGGCCUCCACAGCCAAUCCACAACAGAUUCGACCCAGGUGGAUCUGCAGGUGCACAAAGUGCAUUCGCACCCGUUUUAUAGCUCCUCAACGUCUUCUCACGAUUUCGCCUUGGUGGAGUUGGUGGAGGCAGCACCCUUGAACGACUGUAUCGGCCCAGCCUGCUUGCCAAGCGAGCGCAUCGCUGACGGUGAGGAGUGCAUCAUCACUGGCUGGGGGACCCUCUCCUCCGGAGGGUCCUCCCCCGACUUGCUGCAGGAGGCGCAUGUGAAGAUCGUGAGCAACUCGGACUGCGGCUCUGCGUACGGCAGUGGGAUGAUCACCGACGACAUGUUGUGCGCGCAGGGCGUCAACAGCGCCGGGCAAGUCACCGACGCCUGCCAAGGGGACAGCGGAGGGCCGCUGGUGUGCGCUUCUGGCGGUGCUGCUUACGUCCUUCACGGGGCCACGUCGUGGGGCUAUGGGUGUGCCAUGCAGUCGUACCCGGGAGUUUGGUCUCGAGUUAGCUACGUACGUGACUGGAUCGAUGAAGUGAUGGGGAUGACGCAGCCCCCGACGCCAGCGCCUCCACCAACUUCGGCUUCCCCUGCGACGCCUGCCCCGCCGCCGACGCCAGCUUCUCAGCACAUGUGGGCGGCAGUCACGGGACCGUGCACGCUCGAUGGCUCUUGCGUACAGAGCCCCAACUACCCGCAGGACUACAACAACGGUGAGGCGUGCGCCUUGGAGAUCGACUUGGGGAUGGCAGUGCCGAUCGUGGUGGAGAGCUUCGACACAGAAACAUACUUCGACACGCUCACGGUCAACGGGCUGACUUAUUCUGGUUCUGUCGGUCCGAGCGGGAUCACCCCGACGGCGGACAUCUUCUGGUCCUCCGACUUCGUCAUUGUCAGCAGUGGCUGGAGGCCAGCGCCCGUGUGUGGAGCAAAGGGUCCCGACAACACCCCUUGGGACACGCGCAGCGAGCGCAUCGUGGGGGGCCAGGACGCCACGCCGUGCGAGUGGAAGUGGCAGGUAUCCCUGCAGACGUUGUCGGGCUUUCCCUUCUGCGGCGGCACGCUCAUCGCCGAGAAAUGGGUCAUGACAGCCGCCCAUUGCAUGGGUAGCACUUUCAAGGUGGUGGCGGGCCUCCACAGCCAAUCCACAACAGACUCGACCCAGGUGGAUCUGCAGGUGCACCAAGUACAUUCGCAUCCAUGGUAUAGCUCCUCGGCAUCUUCUUACGAUUUCGCUUUGGUGGAGUUGGUGGAGGCACCCUUGAACGACUGUAUCGGCUCAGCAUGUUUGCCAAGCGAGGACAUCGAUGACGGUGAGGAGUGCAUCAUCACUGGCUGGGGGACCCUCUCCUCUGGAGGGUCCUCCCCAGACCUGCUGCAGGAGGCGCAUGUGAAGAUCGUGAGCAACUCGGACUGCGGCGCUGCGUACGGCAGUGGGAUGAUCACCGACGACAUGUUGUGCGCACAGGGCGUCAACAGCGCCGGGCAAGUCACCGACGCCUGCCAAGGGGACAGCGGAGGGCCGCUGGUGUGCGCUUCUGGCGGUGCUGCUUACGUGCUUCACGGAGCCACGUCGUGGGGCUACGGGUGUGCCAUGCAGUCGUACCCGGGAGUUUGGUCUCGAGUUAGCUACGUACGUAAUUGGAUCGACGAAGUGAUGGGGAUGACGCAGUCCCCGACGCCAGUGCCUCCGCCAACUUGGGCUCCCCCUGCGACGCCUGCCCCGCCGCCGACGCCAGCUCCUCAGCACAUGUGGGCGGCAGUCACGGGACCGUGCACUCUGGACGGCACGUGUGUCCAGAGCCCCAACUACCCGCAGGACUACAACAACGAUGAGGCGUGCGUCUUGGAGGUCGACUUGGGGAUGGCAGCUCCGAUCGUGGUGGAGAGUUUCGACACGGAGUCGUAUUUCGACACGCUCACGGUCAAUGGGCUGGCUUAUUCUGGUUCUGUCGGCCCCAGCGGGAUCACCCCGACAGCGGACAUCUUCUGGUCCUCCGACUUCAGUGGUCCCGACGACACCCCUUGGGACACGCGCAGCGAGCGCAUUGUGGGGGGCCAGGACGCCACGCCGUGCGAGUGGAAGUGGCAGGUCUCCCUGCAGACGUUGUCGGGCUUUCCCUUCUGCGGCGGCACGCUCAUCGCCGAGAAAUGGGUCAUGACAGCCGCCCACUGCAUGGGUAGCACUUUCAAGGUGGUGGCGGGCCUCCACAGCCGAUCCACAACAGACUCGACACAGGUGGAUCUGCAGGAGGCGCAUGUGAAGAUCGUGAGCAACUCGGACUGCAGCGCUGCGUACGGCAGUGGGAUGAUCACCGACGACAUGUUGUGCGCACAGGGCGUCAACAGCGCCGGGCAAGUCACCGACGCCUGCCAAGGGGACAGCGGAGGGCCGCUGGUGUGCGCUUCUGGCGGUGCUGCUUACGUCCUUCACGGAGCCACGUCGUGGGGCUACGGGUGUGCCAUGCAGUCGUACCCGGGAGUUUGGUCUCGAGUUAGCUACGUACGUAAUUGGAUCGACGAAGUGAUGGGGAUGACGCAGUCCCCGACGCCAGUGCCUCCGCCAACUUGGGCUCCCCCUGCGACGCCUGCCCCGCCGCCGACGCCAGCUCCUCAGCACAUGUGGGCGGCAGUCACGGGACCGUGCACUCUGGACGGCACGUGUGUCCAGAGCCCCAACUACCCGCAGGACUACAACAACGAUGAGGCGUGCGUCAUGGAGGUCGACUUGGGGAUGGCAGCUCCGAUCGUGGUGGAGAGUUUCGACACGGAGUCGUAUUUCGACACGCUCACGGUCAAUGGGCUGGCUUAUUCUGGUUCUGUCGGUCCCAGCGGGAUCACCCCGACAGCGGACAUCUUCUGGUCCUCCGACUUCAGUGGUCCCGACGCCACCCCCUGGGAUACGCGCAGCGAGCGCAUUGUGGGGGGCCAGGACGCCACGCCGUGCGAGUGGAAGUGGCAGGUCUCUCUGCAGACGUUGUCGGGCUUUCCCUUCUGCGGCGGCACGCUCAUCGCCGAGAAAUGGGUCAUGACAGCCGCCCAUUGCAUGGGUAGCACUUUCAAGGUGGUGGCGGGCCUCCACAGCCAAUCCACAACAGAUUCGACACAGGUGGAUCUGCAGGAGGCGCAUGUGAAGAUCGUGAGCAACUCGGACUGCGGCGCUGCGUACGGCAGUGGGAUGAUCACCGACGACAUGUUGUGCGCGCAGGGCGUCAACAGCGCCGGGCAAGUCACCGACGCCUGCCAAGGGGACAGCGGAGGGCCGCUGGUGUGCGCUUCUGGCGGUGCUGCUUACGUCCUUCACGGGGCCACGUCGUGGGGCUAUGGGUGUGCCAUGCAGUCGUACCCGGGAGUUUGGUCUCGAGUUAGCUACGUACGUGACUGGAUCGACGAAGUGAUGGGGACGACGCAGCCCCCGACGCCAGCGCCUCCACCAACUUCGGCUCCCCCUGCGACGCCUGCCCCGCCGCCGACGCCAGCUUCUCAGCACAUGUGGGCGGCAGUCACGGGACCGUGCACGCUCGAUGGCUCUUGCGUGCAGAGCCCCAACUACCCGCAGGACUACAACAACGGUGAGGCGUGCGCCUUGGAGGUCGACUUGGGGAUGGCGGCGCCGAUCGUGGUGGAGAGCUUCGACACGGAGUCGUAUUUCGACACGCUCACGGUCAAUGGGCUGGCUUAUUCUGGUUCUGUCGGCCCGAGCGGGAUCACCCCGACGGCGGACAUCUUCUGGUCCUCCGACUUCGUCAUUGUCAGCAGUGGCUGGAGGCUGUGCCAGGGUGUGGGUCCCGACGACACCCCUUGGGACACGCGCAGCGAGCGCAUCGUGGGGGGCCAGGACGCCACGCCGUGCGAGUGGAAGUGGCAGGUAUCCCUGCAGACGUUGUCGGGAUUUCCCUUCUGCGGCGGCACGCUCAUCGCCGAGAAAUGGGUCAUGACAGCCGCCCAUUGCAUGGGUAGCACUUUCAAGGUGGUGGCGGGCCUCCACAGCCAAUCCACAACAGAUUCGACCCAGGUGGAUCUGCAGGCGCAUGUGAAGAUCGUGAGCAACUCGGACUGCGGCGCUGCGUACGGCAGUGGGAUGAUCACCGACGACAUGUUGUGCGCGCAGGGCGUCAACAGCGCCGGGCAAGUCACCGACGCCUGCCAAGGGGACAGCGGAGGGCCGCUGGUGUGCGCUUCUGGCGGUGCUGCUUACGUCCUUCACGGGGCCACGUCGUGGGGCUAUGGGUGUGCCAUGCAGUCGUACCCGGGAGUUUGGUCUCGAGUUAGCUACGUACGUGACUGGAUCGAUGAAGUGAUGGGGACGACGCAGCCCCCGACGCCAGCGCCUCCACCAACUUCGGCUCCCCCUGCGACGCCUGCCCCGCCGCCGACGCCAGCUUCUCAGCACAUGUGGGCGGCAGUCACGGGACCGUGCACGCUCGAUGGCUCUUGCGUGCAGAGCCCCAACUACCCGCAGGACUACAACAACGGUGAGGCGUGCGCCUUGGAGGUCGACUUGGGGAUGGCGGCGCCGAUCGUGGUGGAGAGCUUCGACACGGAGUCGUAUUUCGACACGCUCACGGUCAAUGGGCUGGCUUAUUCUGGUUCUGUUGGCCCGAGCGGGAUCACCCCGACGGCGGACAUCUUCUGGUCCUCCGACUUCGUCAUUGUCAGCAGUGGCUGGAGGCUGUGCCAGGGUGUGGCGCCCACGCCAGCGCCACCAACUCCGGCACCCGCUCCGACUCCAGCGCCGCCUCCAACGCCUGCGCCGCCGCCGACGCCAGCGCCAGUGUGUGGAGCAAAGGGUCCCGACGACACCCCUUGGGACACGCGCAGCGAGCGCAUCGUGGGGGGCCAGGACGCCACGCCGUGCGAGUGGAAGUGGCAGGUCUCCCUGCAGACGUCCUCGGGCUUUCACUUCUGCGGCGGCACGCUCAUCGCCGAGAAAUGGGUCAUGACAGCCGCCCAUUGCAUGGGUAGCACUUUCAAGGUGGUGGCGGGCCUCCACAGCCAAUCCGCAGCGGACUCGACCCAGGUGGAUCUGCAGGUGCAUCAAGUGCAUUCGCACCCGUUUUAUAGCUCUUCUGGAUUUGCCUGGGACUUCGCCCUUUUGGAACUGGCCGAGGCUGCGCCCUUGGAUAACUGCAUCGGCGUGGCGUGCUUGCCGAGCGAGGACGUCACUGGUGGCGAAGAGUGCUUCACCACAGGCUGGGGGAGGACAUUCUACGAAGGCCCCACCCCAGACUUGUUGCAGGAGGCGGCUGUGACAAUAAUCAGCAGCUCGGAGUGCGACGCAGCCUUAACCAGCUCGAGCGUUACGUUCACCGACGACAUGUUGUGCGCGCAGGGGCGUCAACAGCGCCGGGCAAGUCACCGACGCCUGCCAAGGGGACAGCGGAGGGCCGCUGGUGUGCGCUUCUGGCGGUGCUGCUUACGUCCUUCACGGAGCCACGUCGUGGGGCUACGGGUGUGCCAUGCAAUCGUACCCGGGAGUUUGGUCUCGAGUUAG